UUCUUGUACCCUGUCACAGGUAGUGAAAUGGUGGAGGCCGAGCUGAGAGGUAUCCAGAUUGUUACAUCACCCUAUACGAUCCACUUUAAAAGAACUCCAAAAUAUUUCACGCCAGGAAUGUCCUUCGAUGUUGUGGUUGAAGUUUUAAAUCCUGAUGAAACACCAGCAGAAAACGUUCCAGUAGUGAUUAAUCCUGGGGCAGUCAGGGGAUUCACUGCAGCUAACGGCAUGGCUUGGCUCACCAUCAAUACAGAAGGAAAUGCAGCUGAGCUGAGAAUAACUGCAAUGACCGAUGACAACAUUCUUACACCUGAUAAACAAGCAAGAGCAGAGAUGACAGCAAGACCGUACCAGAGCAAGACCAGAACUUUUAUCCGCAUAGGUGUGGAUGCAGCUGAGCUCAAAAUAUCAGACAAUCUAAAAAUCAACCUCAAUCUCAACCAGCAGCCAAAUCAAAAUCAUGAUAUCACAUAUCUGAUCCAGAGCAGAGGUCAGCUAGUGAAACAUGGCCGUUAUAAGACAAGAGGCCAAGUACUGAUUUCCCUGAUACAACCAAUCACCAAAGAAAUGCUGCCAUCGUUCCGCAUCAUAGCCUACUAUCAUACAAGUUCAAAUGAAGUGGUAUCAGACUCUGUUUGGGUGGAUGUAAAAGACACCUGCAUGGGCACUGUAAGAGACUCAAGAGCUGUGAAAGAGGUGUGGGACAUAAUAGAGAAGUAUGACACAGGCUGCACACCUGGUGGAGGAAAGGACAAUAUGGGUGUCUUCUUUGAUGCUGGGCUAUUGUUUGAGUCCAACACUGAUGCAAAGACCCAUUAUAGACAAGAAAUUAAAUGCCAGCCUGCGAACAGAAAGAAACGCAACGCUGCUGUAAUGGAUGUCAGAAGCAGCUUAUUAAAAAAUUAUACAGACCCAGUAGAAUCUGAGUGUUGUCUGGAUGGCAUGAAGGAAACCCCCCUUUCAUACACCUGUGAGGUCCGCAGCGAGUACGUUGUUGAUGGUCAAGGCUGCCGUGAUGCUUUCCUGCGCUGUUGCAAGGCAGUGGAAACUCUUCGAGCAGAGAAGAGGGAGGAAGACCUCAAACUGGCUCGCAGUAAGAGAUGGAAACAAAAUGGGAAGGGUGUCCGUGGAGAGCAGAUAGAAAUUAAAGCAAUCCUCCACAACUACAGCCCUGAUCGUAUCACUGUACGCGUCGAUUUGACUGAGGAGGAGCAUGUGUGCAGUUCAGCUUCCAAACGUGGUAGGUAUCGCCAGGAGGUCACUGUUGGGCCAGAGACCACACAGUCUGUAUCUUUUGUCAUUAUUCCAAUGAAGGAGGGAGAACGGCGCAUUGAGGUUAAAGCAGCUGUUAAGGACUCAUAUCUCAAUGAUGAAGUUAUGAAGAUGUUGCGGGUGGUGCCUGAGGGCGUACUGGUUAAACAUUCAAAGAUCGUAACUUUAGAUCCUGUUAAGAAAGGAGAAAAUGGUGUACAGAACGAAGUUCUUAACAGUGGAAUUCAAAGGAAAGAUUUGGUUCCAAACACACCUACUAGCACACAGAUCUCUGUGACAGGGAGAGAACAAGUAUAUCAGCUGGUGGAUAAUGCCAUUGGCGGCAACUCAAUGGGUACUCUAAUCAGACAACCCUCGGGCUGUGGAGAGCAGAACAUGAUCUCAAUGACCCUGCCUGUUAUUGCAGCCUUGUAUUUGGACAAAACCGACCAAUGGGAAACUGUGGGCUUUGAGAAACGUAAUGAAGCUCUCCAACAUAUAAAAACUGGUUACACAAAUGAGUUGGCCUUCCGUAAAAAUGAUGGAUCUUUUGCUGCAUUUGUUUCUCGCCCAGCUAGCACCUGGCUGACUGCCUAUGUUGCCAAGGUGUUUGCAAUGGCCCAUCAUCUGGUUGCAAUACAAGAUAAUGUGAUCUGUGAUGCUGUCAAGUACCUUAUUCUCAGAGGACAACAACCUGAUGGUGUUUUCAAAGAAUUUGCACCUGUAUUGCAGUCAACAAUGAAUGGUGAUGUGGCCGGCUUAGAGUCAGACGCCUCCAUGACAGCUUUCUGCCUCAUUGCAAUGCAAGAGUCACGCUCAAUAUGUUCCGACACUGUCAAUGUGAGUAUUUCACCUGCAAACAUUGUUGUUACAAAGUAUCUAAAAUGUCUGUCAGAGCUAUCUCACUGGCCUGUACCUAAAGGGGGCAUUUACACUUUGGAAACCACAGCUUAUGCUCUUCUUGCUCUUGUCAAGACUCAGAACUUUGAAGAUGCCAGACCUGUUGUGAGAUGGUUCAACACACAACGGAAGAUGGGCGGAGGCUAUGGAUCAACUCAGGCUACUAUAAUGGUCUAUCAAGCUGUAGCAGAGUACUGGAUCAACGCUAACGAACCUCAGUAUGAUCUGAAUGUGGACAUCAAGUUGCCAGGAAGGUCGGCACCUGAAAAGUACAAUUUCAAUCAGAACAACCACUAUGCCACAAGAACGUCUAAGGUGAGAAGAAGCAACACAAACACAGUCACCAUGUAGCACAAUUUGUCAGUCUGAAAACAU